AUGGUAGUGGUCACAGAAUCCACGAGUCAUAGAGAGGAACAGAGACAACCCACAGUUUUCUGCGUCUGUUCUGUUGAAUAUUGUGUGCGUCAUUCUACUGAGUCCUGUUCCAGCAUUCUUCAGCUCUGGCUCAGUUUUCACCUGGCAGCCACAAAAGGACAUGCAGAAUGCCUCAGGAUUAUGGUGACACAUGGUGCAGAUGUGACAGCCCAAGAUGGUGCAGGGCACAGUGCUUUACAUCUUGCAGUGAAGAACAGCCACCUUGACUGCAUUAAGAGGUUACUUCAGUAUAAAUGUUCAGUAUACAGCACUGACAACUGUGGGAAAACAGCUUUACAUUAUGCAGCGACAUGUGGUUGUCUUCAGGCAGUUCAACUUCUCUGUGAACACAAAUGUCCAAUUAACAUCAAAGAUUUGGAUGGGAACAUACCUCUGCUGCUUGCAGUACAAAAUGGCCAUACAGAAGUAUGUAAAUACCUUCUGGAUCACGGAGCAGACAUCAACACAAGGGAUAAAAAUGGAAGGUACAGCAGGUUAACAUCACCAUGUUAAUUCUUUCAUAAGGCUGACUGUCAAAUGAAGCUCCCUACCCAAAAUAGUCAUUACAUGAAACAAUGUCCACAGUACUAGAGAACAUAAGUACUAGACAUUGUUGAGAAGGCUUACGGAAUUCUGCCCAAUGAGAAAAGCAAAAGAGAAACUAAGUAACUCUAAAACGAAGUAAACUGUAAGUUUUUCCUUGUGUUACCAGAGCAGCAAAUCCCAUUUUAAAAUCAUUCCUACAAGAAUCUGAAUGAUAGCAUUUACCCACACAUCACUUUGCGUAUGUCCCAUAUUUUCAAUGCUGCUCUCUCUGUUCUUGGCCUGAGUUAGUUUUGCCGACUUAAAUCCUGAACUGUUACUUGGAAGUGACAUCCUUGAGGAGCUCUCAUUUCUAAUUCAGCCACAGCAGCAAGAAAAAAUACAGUAAAACUACAUAAUGGAGAUGCUGUCUUCUCAAAAGAUGCCAUUUAGAAACUUAUUGCAUUAAUAGACAUAUAGUAUGUCAGAAAUAUCUGGUAUUUCAUAAUAUUGUUUUUAAAUCAGAACAUUCUUAUUGUGGAAAAAUGCACUUGUUUUGAUGACACUGAUAAAGUUUCAUAAAUGUUUGGUGAAACUGAAAAGGUAGAGCAGGAUGCUGAGAAUAGUUGGCACUUACAGCUAGUAGCUAUUCGUACUAUUAUGUGAUACAGUGCCCAUACUGUUCUUCACAAACAUGUGAGAGGAUAAGACUGAGCCUAGCUUAGUUUAUAUGAGUUCAAAGUUUUAUUAGUCCACUGUUUGUUUUAAGUUGAUUAAAGAAAACCCCUUUGUCUUCUUGAUUGGUUUGAAUGGUGUCAACGGUU